UGUGCAAUUGAGCAAGUUAAUUACAAGGUCAAUGCCUACAAUCAUACAUGGAACAGGUAGCUGACACUUGUAGUUUUGCCUUGUUCAACCAUGAUGGUUUUCGGGGGACUGUCCCCUCUUUCCGCGAGGCUGCAAUCUGUAGUACACAAUGCCGGCGCUUGCCAUCGGGCAGCGUUAUCCAUAUAAGGGAUGACUCCUCUUCCAUGAUUUUGGUGAGCAACGCAAGGCGAUUAAUAAAUAAAUAACUGCAUUGAAAUUCUGUUAUUCCUUCUUCUGUCAAAACAGCGGUUGCUCCCUUCAAACUGCACCAUGAGCCUCGGAUAUGGUGUCGGGGACUUCCUCGCUGUAGUGAAUCUCGCCAAGGCCAUCAGGGUGCGCUUUGUUAGGGCACCAGACCAAUUCAGACAUAUAUCAGAAGCUUCAAAGACCUUGUGCAAUGUCCUCCGCGAUAUCAAAGACAUCUACGAGCAAGCGGAGCUUGAUACCCAGCAGGAGAAACACCUAGACGAAAUCUCUCGCUCUUGCCGUAGUGGACUGAAUGAACUACUCAGCAAAUUAGACCAAUACCAGGAGUUGGACCCUGGCACUAACAGCCUAGGGGGGACCUGUCGUCGUGUCUGGAAAAGACUCAAAUGGGACCAAGCCGAGAUGGCGGAGAUUUGUCAGAGGAUACAGUCCAAUGUUCACAUCUUUCAUCUCUUCAGUACUAGUCUGACUAGUCAAGUAGCCUUUGCUACAAACGAGCUCGUUCAGCGAGUUAACAAUACCAUGGAAGACAAAGCUCAGCAUGAACUCCUUGAAUGGCUCACGACCGUCAACUAUGCAACUCAGCAAUAUGAAUAUUUCAAACGUCGGCAGGAGGGUACCGGUAAGUGGCUACUAGGCACAGACAAGUUUCAGCAGUGGAUUAACAACGAAAAUAAAAAUAUCCUUUGCACGGGCAUCCCUGGAGCUGGAAAGACAAUACUCACUGCUAUUGUCAUCAAGCAUCUUGAAGAGAAGUGUGAGCACGACCAAAGUGUUGGUCUCGCCUACAUAUACUGCAACUUUCGGCGCCAUCAUGAGCAGAGCGUAGACGAUAUACUUGCGAGCCUGAUAAAGCAAUUGUGUCAAAGAAUGUCGUCCCUUCCUGAGGAUAUAAAGACGCUAUAUGCGCAACACAAGAAACGUCAGACACGGCCGAAACUCGACGAACUUUCCGAGAGCCUAUCCGUUCUGCUUGGUCACUUCUCGAGGAUCUUCAUAGUGGUGGACGCCCUUGAUGAAUAUUCAUCAAGGGAUGAAGCGCUACGCAGGCUGUUAUCCGAGUUACUUCGUCUGCAGAGCAACAGCACAGUUAGCAUAUUCGCUACGUCACGGCAUAGCCCGUGGAUCCAGUCGGCAUUCGAGGGUUGUUUGCAGCAAGAAGUCUCUGCUGCCGCUGAAGAUGUAGAGGCGUAUCUGCGAGGUCACAUGUCCGAUCUGUCAAAUGUCGUGCUACGCAACAAUAAGCUACAGGAGGAAAUAGUCAAAGCAAUUACGAAAACAGUGGAUGGAAUGUUUCUUCUUGCUCAACUCCACCUUGACUCAUUGAGAGGAAAACUCUCGGUAGCGGCGGUUAAGAAAACACUAAAAAAGCUGCCAACUGGAACUGACGCCUAUAAUAUUGCAUAUGAGGAAGCCAUGGAACGAAUAAAUGGGAAGACGGCGGGAGAGAAGGAGUUGGCAAUACGAAUUAUUGCAUGGAUCACCUGCGCUGGAAGACCCCUGACAAUCACAGAGCUCCAAUAUGGCCUUGCUGUUGACAUCAAAGAGAACGUAUUCGAUACAGAAAACCUUCCCGAUGUGCAAGACAUGGAAGCUGUCUGUGCUGGCUUGGUAACUGUGGACGAAAAGAGUCAUAUCAUUCGCUUGGUCCAUCAUACCGCACAAGAGUAUUUUGAGAGAACCCAGACCAAGUGGUUUCCCCGAGCGCACUAUGACAUGGCAAAAGUCUGCAUAGCAUACUUAUUUUACUGCCUCCAGUCAGGAGCAGGCUUACGCACAGCCGAUUAUCCGUUUGCCUGCUACACUCGUCGCCAUUUGGUGUAUCAUCUUGUGCGCGCUCUUGCACUACCAGGACUGGCACGCGGCGUUCUGCUGGACAAGAAGAAGGUCGUGCUUUGCCUUCAAAAGAUCUUUGCUUAUGACGGAUGUCUGAAAACAUUUCAACGGACUGCACAAGUGCCAGAAUUAGUGACAGAAGCCCAUCUGGCGGCAUUCUUUGGAUUGGAAGGUGCGUUGAGGGAGCUGCUAGAAGCCGGGUAUGCCUUGAAUGCCCUUGAUUAUAUAAGAAGAUCUCCAUUAUCGUGGGCGGCAGAAAAUGGCCAUGAGGAAGCCACCAGGUUUCUGAUCGAACAAGGACUCGUUCUAGAUCAUAAAGACAAGUGGGGGCUUACUCCACUCGCGUUAGCAGUAAUGAAUGGCCAAUUCAAGGUUGUGAGGUUACUCUUGGACAAUGGAGCCAGUCCGGACUCGAAGAGCAACAAUGGCCGAACCCCUUUGAUGCUAGGUUGUGAAAACGGCCAUAACUAUGGCAGCGCUCGCGAUUCAUUACCAUGGAACGUCAUUGAUUGUCAAAGAAGAAUAGUCGAACUUUUGCUCAAGGCAGAUUGUGACCCUAAUAUAAAAGAUGAACGUGGCUGGACCGCGCUCCACUGCGCCGCUUUUAACAACCGCAGGUAAGAUACCGCUCUUCAACGCAAUCAGAUGCGAGGAUCGGAUGGCUGUCUUCUCAUUGCUCAAAGAAGCGUUUCGUCCAAGCCGCGUGUAUGUAUCAGUCUGGAGGGAUGAUUCUCUUAUCAAGGAUAACGCAGGUCAAACAGCGCUUUUCAACGCAGCCAAAUAUGGGGGUGCGGUUGUUGUCCUACCGUUGCUCGCCCAUGGGUUCGAUCCAA